UACUAAAUCCAAUACAAACCUCUCUCUCUCUUUUUUCCUUCCUCCAUUUUCCCUCAGAAAAAAAAUGCAGUCUUUUAAAUUACCAAACAACAAAACCCAAUAUUGCUCCAAUGGGGUCAAAAAUAUAAUCUUGAUCACCUCUUUUGUUUGUAUAAUCUACCUUUUCUUUUUCAACUUUAAUGGCCCUAACACCAAAUUACUCCACACUUCAGUUUCGCUUCAAAAUGAUUCAACAUUAUUAUCAGAUACAAAUCUUGAACAUAUUGUAUUUGGAAUUGCAUCUAACGAGAAAGCAUGGUCUACUAGGAAAGAAUUAGUUAAAAUGUGGUGGAAGGCAGGUUCAAAAAUGAGGGGUUGUGUUUUUCUUGAAAAAAUGCCAUCGAAUUACACAAAUAAUACUACAGAAAAUGAUUCUUUACCUCCGAUUUGCAUUUCUGGGGACACAUCAAGAUUUAAAUAUACGUUUAGAGGGGGAACACCAUCAGCAAUUCGUGUGGCACGAGUUGUGACUGAAACGGUGGCAUUAAAUCAUUCAAAUGUGCGGUGGUAUGUUUUUGGGGAUGAUGACACUGUUUUUUUUCCAGACAAUUUGGUGAAAACACUUUCUAAAUAUGACCAUGGGCUUUGGUACUACAUAGGGUCGAAUUCUGAACAUUUUCUAAUGAACAAGGCUUUUUCCUAUGAAAUGGCAUUUGGUGGAGCUGGCAUUGCUAUAAGCUAUCCUUUGGCUAAAGUUCUUGGUAAAGUCUUUGAUGCAUGCAUAGAAAGGUACCCUCACCUUUUUGGGAGUGAUGCUAGGAUUUAUUCCUGUUUGGCAGAGCUUGGUGUUGGCUUAACACAUGAGCCCGGUUUCCACCAGCUGGAUGUAAGAGGAAAUAUGUUCGGAAUGUUAGCAGCACAUACCAUUAGACCUUUGGUAUCCCUCCAUCAUAUGGAGAUGAACGAUGCCAUAUUCCCCAAUAUGACAAAAAUGAAAGCUCUGGAGCAUUUGUACGACGCUGCAAAGUUCGAUCCACACCGCAUUUUGCAGCAAACAGUAUGCUACGAUCGUUGGUUUACAUGGACAGUGUCAGUUUCUUGGGGAUACGCUGUUCAAGUUUUCGGCUACCAUGUUUUUUUGCCGGAUGCUCAGCGCGUACAAGAGAGCUAUUUUCCAUGGCAAAAGGGUGAUUUAGCUAGACAUUAUGACCUUGAUACAAGGCCAUAUGAACCUGAUCCAUGUAAAAGACAACUUGUUUAUUUCUUAGACAAUGUCUCCUCUGGAAGUGAUGGAAUCAAGACCAUUUAUAAGAAGAAGACCCCUGAGAAUUGCACAAUCAACAUGGUUUCACCUAGAAAACUAGAAGAAAUCAGAGUGACUUCUCAAAAAUUAGACCUUGACAAGAAACAGUUGCUAUCACCAAGAAGACAGUGUUGUGAUGUAUUGCCUUCAACAUCUCGUAAUGUGAUGGAAAUAGGUAUAAGAGAAUGCAAAGAAGACGAACUAAUUUACAUACACCCUUAGUGUAUAUAUUGCUGUGGCAUUUAGCAGAGAUGCAACUGUCGAUAUUUACUGCAAGGAAGGCAAAAACAAUUCAGUAACUUUUGUUGAUGGCAAAUUGGUGAUGGGAUCAACGAUUUUCACCACAGAAGAUAUCGCCGGUUAGGCCAAGAUGCCCCCACUACAAUUUUGCUUUAUUUCUAAGCAUAAAUCUACUCCUUUGCUUGUGAAGUAGAUUCAGGAAAGCAGCUUAGGAAAUUUAACUAGGAUCGGAUUGCACUUGAGGAAAAUGAAUUACAAUUAUAAUUAGAAAACUAUGCACAUGUUCAGACUUAAUGUGUAUUAGCAAUCACAUGUGAAGAAACUUGGGAGUUAAUCAAAGAAAAAUCUCAAAUUUGACUGUAACUUGUUCAACAUUUCUUAUUUUAAUGUGGGUUCAGUUAUUACAUAAGUGGACAUGCAUUUU